UUUCCCCCCUCCCCCGCGCCUCCACUCUAGCCCGAGACCUGCGCGCCUGGUGCUAGCCGUCACCCCACGGCCAUGGCGAACGACGACUCCCCCAAGUCCGGCGACCUCCCGCCCUACCCCGAGAUGAUCAUGGCGGCGAUCGAGGCGCUGGACGACAAGAGCGGCUCCAACAAGUCGGCCAUCUCCACCUACAUCGAGGAGAACUACGAGAACCUGCCGCCCGCGCACGCCUCGCUGCUCACCGCCAACCUCGCCAGCAUGAAGGAGGGCGGCAAGCUCGCCUUCGUCAAGAACAACUACCUCAAGCCCGCCGCCACCGCCGCCGCCGACGCCGACGCCGCGGAGCCCACCCCGAAGCGGGGCCGCGGCCGCCCGCGCAAGGACCCCAACGCGCCUCCGCCGCCGCCCAAGGAACCCAAGGACCCCAACGCGCCCAAGCGCGGCCGUGGGCGCCCGCCCAAGGCCCAGGGCCGCGGCCGCCCCGCCGGCAAGAGCCCCGCGCCCGCGCCCAAGAAGGCCAAGGUCGUCAAGGAGCCCAAGCCCGCCCCCGCCCCGGCCGCCGACGCGUCCGGCUCCGCCCCCGCCAAGCGCGGACGCGGACGCCCGCCCAAGGCCAAGUAG